ACGAGUUACUAGAUCUAGAGUGACAAACUCUUGGUCUUCCGGCGAAACAUGAUUUCCACUUCCAUGGAUUAUCUUCGCAGGAAUCAGUAGACUAUGACCAAUGGGCAAGGAUGGCGCUCUACCAAGAGGAAACACUCGCACCCAUGAGAGAGUACGAGUAUCAAAAAAACACCUGGUCUUGAAUUGCCUAGGCUCAGAUCCACAGUUAUUUCUAGGAUGCAUCCCCACUUCUCGCCAACCCCAACCCAUUCUCCUGACCAGUACGCGAUAAGAGUUCGCCAUGGCCUCAAGUUGUCGCGCUCUCUACAUUUCCGAGAUUCUCGCAGAAAUCUCAUGGCAGCUAGAGGAUGACCGGAAGUCUCUUUCACAUCUUGCGCGUUGUUGUAAGGCAUUCUCAGACCCAGCCUUGGAUGUACUUUGGAGGCGGAUGAGCCUUUUCUCUCCCUUCAUCCCCCUUUUACCCCCAAACGUUUUGACACUUUGGGUCGAAUGCCAGUUCAGCGCAGAGAGUCUCGCAGGAUUCCAAUGUCCCCCUAUACAUGAGUGGAAGGCUUUUGACGCCUAUGCUAGGCGUGUGCGGAUUUUGUACAGCGGCGCCUCGCACUUCCUCGCAGGUGUGACCACUAUUCGAGCAGACUUCAACGUAUUCCCCCUCCUGCGAUCCAUGUCGAUGCAGCUUCAGGAAACCAUACAACCUGGGAUCCGGUUAUUUCCUGAAACUCUGCAGACGCUCGAAAUAUCGGGCCCCGCUUACAUCAACUGUAAAGAUUCGUGUAUCCAGACUGCUCUUGCGCACGCGGCGCGUGAUGCACCCUUCCUGAAACAUCUACACGUUGAGGACUACGGCUAUAAUAGCGACCGCUUGGACACACAACCCCUGCAUUUUAAACACUUGCGAAGCCUCCAAAUAUCCGCAUUCAUCAGCUCCAACGUUCUCAAAUCAUUAUGUUACAUUCUUUCUCAAUCGCCCGUGAUCGAGCUCAAGAUAGAGCUCCCUCCCACUAGCUGCAUAUGGAAUGCCCCAUACACCCUCUUCCCACAUCUAGAAAGUCUGGAAAUACAUGGCACCCCCGCACUUGCAGAAGCGUUUAUCACGAACGUUUCCAGUGCAUGUGUGCGCUCGUUGACUGUCACGCACACUCGUGGGCCCGCACGAACUGCAGACUGCAGUCGUCUAUUCUCUACCAUCGUGAACAAGUACGGCACAUCGCUGCAGUCGCUAUCUCUCACGAUCAGCCGCUCACCAGUCCUUCAUAACCACGACGGUGUGGCGCAUGAUAUAAUGGAUGCAUUGUUUCCUUUGAUGCCGAGAUUAGAGCACUUAGAGGAACUUCAUUUAUCACUGCCCAGUGCCACCCAAGUGGACGACUACCCUGCUGUUGAAGUGUCUGGUUGGCCGGCUCUGAAGCGGAUGGAGUUUAUGGCCACAUGAUGAUUCAUGGGGUGAUGGCGAGAAGCUUGGAAGUUAGUAGGAUGGCUGGGCCAUGCAGAAGAUUUGUUCACAUGUAUUUCAUUUGUGUAUUGACUAUCGGGAUCGCACUGUAAUAAUAUUCAUGGGUCAGGUGUGGUGAGGGAAGCAAAAUACUUUUGGGCACUCGUGAGGCGUUUAGCAGGAACGUACACAAUGCGCAGUCAUACGGAACGUGAAAGAUCCCCAGUUGUUAAACAAAUGGCAAUCAAACUAUGUGUAUCGAUGAAAUAGCAUACAUCCGACCUCUACCAAUCACCGUCGAAUCCAACAAAUC